GAGUGCGUGUGCGUCUCCUCUCUCGCAGUUUGGAACUUUGGGAAUAACCGCCUUCAGAAUGACGGAACACAAGUGUGUGGUGAGCUACUGCUGCUGUGGCUGUAGUCUCAGGAGCGGGUCGCUGUCCAUCGGCAUUGUUGUUCUGAUCCUGUCCCUGUUGCAAUGCAUCUACAGCAUCUUUGGGGCUAUCAAAACUGGUGAUAACUCUCUGUGGGUUGGCUUUGUCACCAACUUGAUCCUCGUCAUCGUAUCAUGCCUCCUCAUUCAGGGAAUCCGCACAGAACGUCGUGGCUUUGUCAUGGUGUGGGUGUGGACAAUGGUGGUGCUCGUCACCAUCAACAUCAUCAUGGCUGUCAUCAUUCUCAUUACCACCCUGAACCUAGCCUUUGGCCUGGUCACCCUGGUCGUGAUGGGUAUAUUCAUCUACCUGGUGGUGGUGGUUCGCUCCUACGGUCUAUCGUUGAGCAGCAGCUCCGGUGUGGCCUAAGGUAGGACAGAGGCAGAGCACCACCAGUCUGAGGAAGCUUACAAGGUGGGGAUCACUGCAGAGCCUCGACUUCAGUGUCUCGCUUUUAAGGCUUGCAUCUACUUCCUAAAACCUAUGUGACAGAACAAUGACUGAAAUUAUUAUUUAGGUACAGUAAGUGACUACCUAUGGAUAUUUUUUGUAUGGACUAAAAUGAACUUGCACACAAAAAAAGAACCCCUAUUUGCUUUGAAGAAGCAACUUUUUUGAUGGCUGUCAUUUAGUAAUUUAGUAAUUAACAGAUAAAAAGAUAAACUACAACUAAAAUUAAGUUGUAGAAUAUCAGAUAUCUCAUUUACCAAAGUCGAGAACUCUCCCCCAAAAACACAGCACUAACAACAGAUUAAGACAAAGCUUCCAGGGCAGAAUAGAACUUAAUGCUGCUGAUAGGUCAGCUAGGUUGCAGAGAUCAUUGUGACAUGUGGGGCAGUGACGAGUGUGGCAAUGGUCAGCCUUCUGCACAUCUGAGUAAUGUCCUCCAUGUGCAUUCAGCAGCAUUAAGGAAUCUACAUAUUAAAUCAAACUAAACUGAUAUGUUUUUAAAGUUAGAGAAUGGACGCAUUAUCUGUCUAUGGUAUAACAAAGUAAAGGACACAAUUUAAUGAUAUUUGAAAAAUUACUCUUUAUUUGACAAAGUUCAAAUGUUUUGUUUGCAAUUCCUCUUGUGGGGCAACAGGACACAAUCUUCGUGCCUUUUAAUCGUUUUGCAUCACGGCUCGCUAAGAUGCAGCCAGUGUGUGUUCAGUAGUGUGUAAGGUGAACAGCAGCACGCAUUUGUGUUUUUUGGGUACUGUCAGUGUCUCACACAAGGCAAUGUCCUAUUUGACUUUUACAAUGUAUUCACUUUUGCACUUUACUGUCAGGGACAGAAGGACCAAACUUUGCAUGGUGCUGUUUGUAUAUCUCAUAGAUGUGAGUCACAUGUUUUAACCUAUUUCUUGAUAUGUCUGAUGGAGAUACUGUUCUUGUGCACCCAUAAGACCCCUUUCAGACUCAUCAAUAAUUCUGUGUCUGCUAGGAAGAGCACAUCAUCAUGCCUUCAUAUAUCUGUUUGUAUCAAACUAUUAAAGAGCGCUUUUACACAUGUUGACCAUUACAAAACGCUAUUCACAACUGCUAUGGCCACCUUGGCACCCUUUUGAAUGCAACAAGAUGUCAUGCCACUUAUUGCGUACAAAGCACACAUCACUGUAUUGGCAUGUUCAGAGAGGUUGACUUCAGAUGAGCUGACGAGCACUGCAAAUAGUAGUUAUUACACUUUGAACACAGCGUUUUUCAGUUGAUGGGAUGGCAUAUCUCCUUUUGCUACCUCUGCUUAAGAAGUAGAUUCCCUCAAUCAAACAGCUCAUGGAAAUUUACUACUGACACCCUAAAGUAACUGAAAAAAAAAAAAAAAUCCUUGAUCCUUGACAUACAAACAGUCCAAUUACAACAAAUGAGUGUGAAUAUCUAUGAUGACUAUCCAGAGCCAACUGAGGGCAAGGACACUGCUUCAGGUUGUGCCUUGUUAUUUGAAACAUAAGUCAUGUGCUUAAUGGCGCUCUCAGGAACCUCCAACAUUGUGCUGUCCACAGCAGACGUAGAUGUCUGAAAGAGGUGUAUGCCAACAGCUGCACACUCAUCUUUCAACAUAACAUUAAUCCCAAAACUUUGUCGUCAUGUUCUCUAAAUUCAUGAUUCUGCAUGUUUCCAUUCAUCCUUCCCCUUUUACUCUCCAGGUAUGAAAAAUUUCAAAAUGAUAGGAUGCUCCCAUGAGACUUGUGUACUCAAUAUGUACUUAGAAAGAGGGAAUAAAGAGUCAAGUAUAAUGAUAAAGCAUGGUGGAGCUAUUUAAUAGUGCUGCCCUCUUAUGUAACAGAUUGAAGAAUUCCACACUGCCCCCCUUUUUUCCCUACAUUUUACCAAGAGAACAUGAAACACUGAGGGAAUGCAAGCACAGGCACCCAGCAGAACGUCUCUUGUUACUGUUCAAAUUAGUAUCUGUCGAACUAUGUUGUCACGCUGUUAAGUACAAGAGUUGCUCUCCUAUUCUCUGUUGUAGUAGUGUGUGUUUAUGUUAAAAAUAUUUUGUUUUUAAAUAAGAUAUAGUAGUUAUAGUUAUUGGACUUGAAGAGAAUAAAGGAAUCACUGUGAAAUUGUUAUUUUUCAUUUUGAAGUUUGUGUAGUUUGCUAUAUUUGCUAUGAUACUUUAUCUUAAUAAAAAUGAUAUACUCUUUA